GUCUGUCUGAGUAAAAGGGUCCCGUGCCGUCCAGUUCCGGUGGUUGCCAGCCAACCAACCACCGCCGCUCUGGAUCCGCUGAUUUCCUUUUUGGGUGUCGUAGUCUGAACUUCUAGGGUUCCGUUUUUGGUGUUUCUUCAAGUUGCCCCUCUGCUCUCCCAUCAUUGCUUUGACAAUUUGCAGCUCCUGUCUUGAUUACAUCGGACUAGAAUUCAGGAAUUUUUGUUGAUGGGAUCCAAGCCGUGGCUGUACCCGGCGCCGGCUUAUCGGACUUUGGAAACUUUCUGGGACGCCGAUGACGACGCGCCGGGGCCGCGGUGUGGUCACACUCUAACUGCUGUCGCCGCCACUAAAACCCAUGGCCCCCGCCUUAUUCUGUUUGGAGGCGCCACCGCCAUCGAGGGCGGCAACGGUGGCGCAUCCGGCAUCCGGUUAGAUGGAGUGACGAAUUCUGUGCAUUCCUACGAUGUACUUACAAGAAAAUGGAUCAGGCUUCGACCUGUGGGCGAGCCUCCUUCUCCUAGGGCAGCGCAUGCGGCAGCAGCUGUUGGAACCAUGGUUGUGUUUCAGGGUGGGAUUGGUCCUGCUGGCCAUUCAACAGAUGACCUAUAUGUACUCGACCUCACAAAUGACAAAUUCAAGUGGCACAGAGUUGUGGUUCAAGGACAGGGUCCGGGGCCUAGAUAUGGCCAUGUCAUGGAUUUGGUUGCCCAACGCUAUCUGGUUACCGUGAGCGGCAAUGAUGGAAAACGAGUGUUAUCUGAUGCUUGGGCUUUGGAUACGGCACAAAAACCCUAUGUGUGGCAAAGGCUUAAUCCAGAAGGUGACCGGCCUUCUGCUCGAAUGUAUGCAACAGCCAGUGCACGAUCUGAUGGAAUGUUUCUGCUCUGUGGUGGAAGAGAUGCUUCAGGAACGCCUCUGGCAGAUGCUUAUGGACUACUUAUGCAUCGAAAUGGCUUGUGGGAGUGGACUCUUGCACCAGGUGUGUCACCCUCACCGAGGUAUCAGCAUGCUGCGGUUUUCGUCGGUGCUAGAUUGCAUGUUACUGGGGGUGUUGUCAAAGGUGGACGAGCAGUAGAAGGUGAUGCUGCAAUUGCAGUUCUGGAUACUGCUGCUGGAGUUUGGCUUGACAGAAAUGGAAUUGUGACCUCUCGUGGAAGCAAAGCCCAUUCUGACCCAGACCCCUAUCUGGAGUCUAUGCGCCGAUGUCGACAUGCUGCUGCUUCUGUUGGUGUUAGAAUAUAUAUAUAUGGUGGAUUAAAAGGAGAUGUUUUGUUGGAUGAUUUCCUUGUUGCCGAGAACUCUCAAUUUCAGUCUGACAUCCAUGCUGCAAUCUCACCAUCAGAGAGAGUCUCAAUGGCAGCUAGUCCAAGAUCAAACAAUGUCAAUUCUACUCCUUUUUCCGCUAUAUCAAACCCUGAUGAAACACCAUCAUCUGGACACCUGGGUAUGGAUAAAGCAUCUAUGGAGAAACUGGCUGAGGCAUCUGCUGCUGAAGCCGAGGUUGCUAAUGCUGUCUGGCAGUCGGCCCAGGCAGCAUCAGCUGCCCAUGAAGAAGCAUCCCUAUCAGAUGCCAAUUCACAGUCUGCUGGGACCAUUUCUGAGGGUAGUGAUACAGAGGGUGAUGUUCGCCUUCACACUAGAGCGGUUGUGGUUGCAAAAGAAGCUGUUGGAAACUUGGGAGGAAUGGUUAGGCAGCUAUCCUUGGAUCAAUUUGAAAAUGAAAGUAGACGAAUGAUCCCGUCACAAAAUGACCUCUCAAAUCCUACUAAGAAAUUCACUAGGCAGAGAUCUCCUCAAGGCUUGCAUAAAAAGAUUAUAUCAACUUUCCUCAGGCCUCGCAAUUGGAAACCUCCUGUCAACAGGAAGUUUUUUUUGGACUCUUAUGAAGUUGGUGAGCUUUGCUAUGCUGCUGAACAGAUUUUUAUGCAUGAGCCAACUGUCCUCCAGUUGAAAGCUCCUGUCAAAGUGUUUGGUGAUCUACAUGGGCAGUUUGGUGAUCUAAUGCGGCUGUUUGAUGAGUAUGGUUUUCCUUCUACUGCUGGGGAUAUUACCUAUAUUGACUACUUGUUUCUGGGAGACUAUGUUGAUCGUGGACAGCACAGCUUGGAAACCAUUACUUUACUCCUAGCUCUUAAGAUCGAGUACCCAGAUAACGUUCACCUGAUACGAGGGAACCAUGAAGCUGCCGACAUCAAUGCGCUUUUUGGUUUUCGCAUUGAGUGUAUUGAAAGAAUGGGUGAAAGUGAUGGAAUCUGGGCUUGGACACGCUUUAAUCAGUUAUUCAACUAUCUUCCACUUGCUGCAUUGAUAGAGAAGAAAAUAAUCUGCAUGCAUGGAGGCAUAGGGAGGUCAAUAAAUUCAGUAGAACAGGUAGAGAAACUAGAGAGGCCUAUUACUAUGGAUGCCGGGUCAAUUGUGCUGAUGGAUUUAUUAUGGUCGGAUCCCACUGAAAAUGACAGUGUAGAGGGGCUCAGACCGAAUGCAAGAGGACCUGGUCUUGUUACAUUUGGGCCUGACCGUGUCUCAGAUUUCUGUAAGAGGAAUAAGCUGCAGCUUAUCAUAAGGGCUCAUGAGUGUGUAAUGGAUGGAUUUGAACGAUUUGCCCAAGGGCAGUUGAUCACCCUUUUCUCGGCAACCAACUAUUGCGGGACAGCAAACAACGCGGGGGCAAUAUUGGUCGUUGGGCGGGGGUUGGUAAUUGUUCCAAAAUUGAUCCAUCCCCUGCCCCCACCUCUUCAGUCCCCGGAGACAUCUCCUGAGCGGGUGAUGGAGGAAACAUGGAUGCAGGAGCUUAACAUUCAAAGACCUCCGACUCCUACAAGAGGUCGCCCGCAGCCUGAAUUUGACAGGAGUUCACUUGCCUACAUAUGACGGACAGUAGAUUCUGGCCCUGGCCGCCCCCGCCCACUGGGAUAUAAUACUUGUGACUAAAAUGGAGCAAGCUGAGGAGGAGUGGGCAACCUACCCUACCCUGUUGUACUACUAUGUGUUAUUGUUGUUAUUUAUUCAUUCUACAUAUAUACAUACAGACAUACAUAGAUGCCAUUUGAGAAGAGAGGCAGAGACAUAGAUAGGAUGAGGAGGAGGAGGAGGAGGAGGAGGAGGAGGAGGAGGAGGAGGAGGAGAGAGAGAGAGAGAGAGAGAGAGAGAGAGACAUACCUUGGGACUAGUUGAAGAAAUUAACUAUAGAAUGGCGGAUUGAUGGGUUCGCGGAUUGGAUAUUCAAUAUUUGUACAAAAGCAGCAAGUGGAAAUGGCAAUGGCAGUGGCAGCACUGGGUUUUGUUUUAUUAUUGUGAUACUAUUUUUGUAAAGAAGAAAAAAGUGAAAGAGAAGGAUAUAUUAUUGAUGGUA